AGCCAGGAACUCGAAAUUUUUACAGGAUGAGGAAUUUGUUUGGACCGUGAUAUUCCCGCCGAAUCCACAUCUAUGCUCCACUGAAUUUCACAGGAUCUACGGAAUAUUCAGUUUCAGUCUCCGUGUUUCAAGAGCACCAUCCAUCACCAAUCGAACGGCACCGGUAAGGCCACGCACCCUCCACCAGGCAGGCCCGCAGCCCAGCAGCACCUGCGGCCCCCGAACUGGAAACCGUAGAAAACCCACGCCUUUGCUUUCUUUCUAGCUCCUGCUCCCCCCUUCUCUUUUCCCCAUCCGCGGCCGCUGCUGCUCUGGUCCUCCGCCAGCGAGCGAAUCGCCGGCUCGCCGCGGCGGCUGGAGGCACCUCGCCUUCGAUCAGGUCCAGAGGCAAUUUCGUUGCUGGCGAGAGGCAGAAGGGGUGGCGGCGGCUUUGGACUUUGGAGCCAACUUUCCUUGUUGCGGUGGCGGUGGCUAUUCGGCGCCAUGAGCUUCGUGUUCCGGGGGAGCAGGGCGGACAUUGAGGCCGGUGGCUUCCCGGGAUUCGCUCCCGACCGCCGCGCCAUGCGAAUUCAUGCAGGGGGCAGGCCAGUUCAUAGCAAUUCCUUGGCUUUUCUUGUCACAGUUCUUGUUUUGUUCAUGGUACUGAACUCACACCAGAUGUCUCCCAAUUUUUUGCUUUGGAUUGUUUUGGGGGUCUUCCUAAUGGCCACAAGCCUUAGAAUGUACGCCACGUGCCAGCAACUCCAAGCGCAGGCGCAAGCUCAUGCUGCAGCUGCCAAUGGUUUUCUUGGACACACUGAGCUACGUGUGCAUGUACCACCAACCAUAGCCCUUGCUACAAGAGGCCGGUUGCAGAGCCUUAGACUUCAACUGGCUCUUCUUGAUCGCGAAUUUGAUGAUUUAGACUAUGAUGCUCUGAGAGCAUUGGAUGCUGACAACAGCCCACAUGUUCCUUCUAUGAGUGAAGAAGAAAUAAAUACUCUCCCUGUCUUCAAAUACAAAGUUCAGGCACAGCAGGGUAGUACCUCCACCCGAGAAAGUGAUGGGCUACCUCAGCUGUCGACUUCUUUGACUGGGUCUGGCAAUGAGGUACUGACAAACACUGACCUGUUUCUCAAGAAAAAGCAAGCAGAUAGAACCAGCAAAACUCUAGAGGAUGAACUAACAUGCAGUGUUUGCUUAGAGCAAGUUGCAGUGGGUGAUCUGUUGAGAAGCCUACCAUGUUUGCAUCAGUUUCAUGUAAACUGCAUCGACCCAUGGCUGCGUCAACAGGGUACAUGUCCAAUCUGCAAGCACCAGGUGAGUGACGGGUGGCAUGGCGCAGGCAAUGGCGAAGAGGAUGCUUCUUAUAUGGUGUAACUAGCUGCCUAAGGAGCAGGCCUUAGCUAAUACUGUAGCUACUGACGAAACCCGUGGAGUGCUGUUCCGGGAGGCGACCAAUCUAGGGUGUGGUCUAAUCUCCGUCUAUCCUAACAAAGCGAGUGUGGAUCCAGCUGUUCAGUGUGCUGGGUUCUUGUACAACUAAUGUUCACUUCUCUCUGAUGUUUAUGCAUCAAAAGGUUGAUGAUAUGUUUUCUUCACCGGUCUUA